GAUACGGUAGCCAUGGCUCCAUGAGUAAGUUGCUGGUGCGUCAAUUUCCCGACCCAAAGCAAGUGCAACAACGAGAGCUGCUUGCCAUGGCUAGCCAGCGUCGCGCAAUCUGCAAGGCAUAUAUAUGUCUUCGAUCCCAUUCUUGUUUAAAAUCAAAUUGACGAUGGCUCGUCUUCAUGGCUAAGGCGCCUGCGCGCCUCUGAGUCGAGUCGACGACGCUCCUCCUCGCGGGAGUGGUAGGGGCUUAUCUCAUCUUUUCUCUGAGCUUAAGCAGAUCAUCGCUGCCGAGUGUCAGUGGGCAAUCGUCGAUCGACUGAUCUCGAAUAGCUUGCUCACGAUGUGAUGUUGAGGUUUUGCUUUGGCUUAGUCGAGGGCUUUUGGAGAGGGAGAUGCGGUCUAAGUGUCGGACUUGAUUUUUGAUGGUGGAAACAACGGUGACGGACUUUUGACCGAGCGAGGGUUCUCAUCAGGAAGUCAAGGUUUGAGCUUCCAUCUUUUGUCCGAAAAAUCCUUACGCACAAGCAAAUCAAAGCGAAGCAAGAUGUGGACGAGCCGCCGAAUGAUGGUCGUAGACGUGAUGUCCAUGCUGACAUUUGUGGGAAUUUGGUCGUUGCUGUUGGGAGGGGCUGCAGCUUACUCUCCUGCAGUUGACGUUCGGUACAAGGAUAGCUGGUGCAGGAUAUGUCGAUCAUCAAAGUUUCUGACCGGUGAAAAGCUGAUUUGGAUCGAGCAGAUCACUGAAGUAGCAGUCAUUGCCAUUGUACCUUGUGUGGAAUCUGUAUUUUGUCUCCAUCGCUAGCCAGAUGAUGGGGAGCCUGAGCCGGAUUAGCUUCAGCAGGGCUCUCCACGUUCAGUCAUUUGAGUUAGGCGUUGUUAAGGCCAAAAUAACGCCCCUGGUUAAGUCACGAAUUGCGGUAUAAAGGGAGGCAUUUUCCUGAGCGACUGAGCAUAGUCGGAAAUCUAAAAAGUGCGGAUUGAAUCCCAGAUAUUCAGCAUGAUUCUUUUCGUCAUCCAGCUAUGUUGAUCUGCUCAUAGAGAUCUUCAUAUCUUCCGCACAUUGUCGAAUAGUGUUCACGAGAAUUCUUCGGUGAGACAUCUUUCUUUAGUGCUUGCAAACAUGGCAGCUUGCACCGCAGCUUUUGCCACCGCUGGGAUCGCUGCUUCGGCAACAGUUAGAGACGCGUCUGCACUCUCUUCUAGCCAAGCUUUCGGCACCUCUUUGGUGCAGCUUGCUCCCGUUGGACCUGCAGUAAGUCAGAGCAACCGAUUGGUUGCCACGAGGGCCGCUCUGUCCGAGGAACAAAGGACCGCUGGAAAGAAGGUAUUGGCAAGUUUCCUGGCAACCGUCGCUGCCUUGAGCAUUGCCGGAGCUGCCCUCGCAGGCAAUCCUGUUGACUUCGCCAAAAGCAAGGUCGAAGAGGCUGCUUCUACUGCGCAGAGCGCUGCUUCGAACCUCCCAAACCUUCCCAACAUUCAGCUCCCUAACGCGGGAGCCGUUCAGGAUGCAAAGAACUCCGCCGACAGUUUUGUCAAUGAGAUCAAGAGCCGAAUAGAUGGAAUCUUCGGAAAGAAUAAGCCUUUCCCACAGAAUCGUGUAGCCAGUACCAAUGGUGGAACAGGUAGUGUCUUCGGUGACGUAAAGAAGAGAAUUGCCAACUUUGGCAAAAUCCCAAUUGCUGACAACGUGUCGAAAGCCACCAACGAUGCUAAGAACACGAUUGCCCAGAGCACCGGAAAGAAUUCUGGCAGUGCACGUGCGGGGAGAGAGCUUCUAGGACAGGACUCGACCAGAGUGGAUGAGGCGACGAGGAUGGUUAAGAACUUUGGUAACAGCUUCAAGAGCAAGGCAGGCGAUGCUGUCAAUGAGGCAAAGAGCUUCGUUGGCUCUGCCCAGAAUGCAACCCCUGAUAUCUCCGUACCUAAGCUUCCCGAGAUUCCUAGCAUCCCAAACCCCCUCAACAACCUUAACGUCAACAAGGGAGCUAAGGUAAUGCUCAGCCAUCCACCAACUUCCUUACAACUACCAAAUUCGAUUGGGUUGUAGAUUGUCUAACCAUAAAAGUUCCUGAUGUUACAUGAAUUUGUAUACACGUAAACGCGUCAGUUUCGUUUUUCGGGAAACCGUAUCCAAGCGGAAGCUAAUCUGCUUUUGGGAAACUUCAAGCAUUUCAAAGGAAAGGCUGAGGAUGUGAAGAACAGCUUGGCUUCAAGCCUUCCCAAUACUCCAGACCUACCUUCCCUCCCCAACCCAUUUGAGGCUAUUAACGGCUCACAGAUAUAUCAUGUUCCUGAACCCUUAUCAAUAGUUUCCUAUGAGUGAAUGUAUCCUUUGAUAGAGUUUGUGCAGACGGUACUUUUUUCUGCCGCAAACAGCAACGAAGAUUUCAGAGGAUUGUUUGGACAUUUUGCAUGCAAGCCUCCGACACUUAGACUCGAGAGCAUAGUAUCUUAUCACAGUUCUUAUCGAGGUCAUUCGGUCUUGAAACCGAGCAACCGAGGGUCGCCUAAUCCUCAGGCCAGAUUAGCUCUAGCUGGAGUACA